UCGUGGUGCACACACAUGCCUCCACAAAUCAUUCUUGGCCCAAGAACAUGCCGUCUCCCUUCUCACCCCAUUCCUCAUAGCCGCUUCCCGUCCUCUCCCACGGUUCGGUGCCUAACACAAACUCUAUCUUGCCCCAUUUCCAUUUGAUCAUCGCAACCAUGUCAGCCUACUGCGGCAAGUACAAAGACGAGCUUAUCAAGAACGCUGCCUACAUUGGCACCCCUGGGAAGGGAAUCCUCGCGGCGGACGAGUCCACGGGCACCAUCGGCAAGCGAUUUGCCAGCAUCAAUGUCGAGAACGUCGAGGACAACCGGCGCGCCCUCCGCGAGCUCCUCUUCUGCACCCCGGGCGCCCUCCAGUACAUCAGCGGCGUGAUCCUCUUCGAGGAGACGCUCUACCAGAAGACCAAGGACGGCAAGCUGUUCGUCGACGUCCUCAGGGAGGGCGGCGCGCUCCCCGGCAUCAAGGUCGACAGGGGCACCGUCGAGGUCGCCGGCACCGACAGGGAGACCACCACCCAGGGCCACGACGACCUCGGCAAGCAGUGCGCCAGGUACUACGAGGCCGGCGCCCGCUUCGCCAAGUGGCGCGCCGUCCUCAAGAUCGGCGCCCACGAGCCGUCGCAGCUCGCCAUCGACCUCAACGCGCAGGGCCUCGCGCGCUACGCCAUCGUCUGCCAGGAGAACGGGCUGGUGCCGAUCGUGGAGCCGGAGAUCCUCGUCGACGGCGCCCACGACAUCGACCGCUGCGCCUACGUCUCGGAGGUGGUGCUCGCCGCGUGCUACAAGGCGCUCAACGAGCACCACGUCCUCCUCGAGGGCACCCUCCUCAAGCCCAACAUGGUCACCCCGGGCUCCGACGCCAAGAAGGUGGCGCCGGAGGUGAUCGCCGAGUAUACCGUCCGCACCCUCCAGAGGACCGUCCCCGCCGCCGUGCCCGCCAUCGUCUUCCUCUCCGGCGGGCAGAGCGAGGAGGAGGCGACCGUCAACCUGAACGCCAUGAACAAGCUCACCGCCAAGAAGCCAUGGUCGCUGUCCUUCUCCUUCGGGCGCGCCCUCCAGCAGAGCACGCUCAAGGCAUGGGCCGGCAAGACGGAGAACACGGAGAAGGCGAGGGAGGCAUUCCUUGUGAGGUGCAAGGCCAACUCUGAGGCCACCCUGGGCACAUACAAGGGUGAUGCUGUUCUUGGCGAGGGCGCCGCUGAGAGCCUUCAUGUCAAGGACUACAAGUACUGAUCGAUGAUCUGCAUCACCUGCUGCUUAUGGUCUUGGUACCUAGAGCGCAAUAUAUCCUUGCUUAUCUAAUUAAUUAACAGUUGUGUGUUCAUAAUCUGGAAACAUUUGAUGGAUAUCAAUUGUCUGGAAUUUUUUGCUUUUAUAUACCAAACAUUUUGUAACUA